AGCAUUCCGGGUGGAGAGAGUGAGAGAAAGAGAGGCGGACAUAGGAGAGAUUUAAGGCCGGAGUGAGGAUAUUUACCCGGGGAGACGCGGGCUGGCUGUGAGGACGAGCUGCGGAGGUUAUGGGCAGCCCCAUUCAGAUUUGGGGACAGGUCAUGGAGCUCUAAGCUAGCACUCUCCAUCCAUCUCCAUCUGCUGCCAGAAGCGCCUCUUCCAGCCUGCUGCUGUGGUUUGGCUCCGACUCCUCGAAGAGAAGAAGAGGGAGGAGUAAACUUCCCCCAGCUGCUGUGCAGACACACACAUGCUGCAUUGCUACCAUUCCCCAAGCCCUACUCCAUCUAUCCCGGGGGCACGGCCAUUAGCUUGCUAGCAGGCUAGCAUUUGGCACAGAAAGAAGGCCUGUCCUGAGGGACCAAACACAAGCAGACUGUACAGUGGCCUCCUCCUUUUGUCCUCAAUUUUCAGGUCAUACCCACCAAGUGGAACUCCUUUUGUCCAGCUGUCACUCCCGCUGCUCUGAGCAGUGGAGGAUUGCUAGCGAUCAGUCAAUCAUAGAGCCGGGCAGACUGAGGAAGCCAGAGGGCGUGUUUACCAGACACCAGAAUGAUGGAGCCUAGCAUGGAAAACUGUCUGGCCCUGGUCCUGCAGAAGGACAUGGGCCGAAGGCUGCAGGUUGGCCAGGAGAUCAUUGAUUACAUUCUGGACAAGGAAAAAUCCCAUGACUUGGAGCAGGACCAGACAGCGCUGGACAAGAUGGUCGAUGGCAUCGCCAGCUCCUGGGUCAACUCCAGCAACUUCAAGGUGGCGCUGCUCGGCCUGGACCUCUUAUCUGCCUUAGUGACAAGGUUACAGGAGCGAUUUAGAGCCCAGGUGGGAACAGUUCUGCCCAGCCUUAUUGAUCGAUUGGGAGAUGCCAAAGAUCAGGUGCGAGAAACAGACCAAACGUUGCUGCUAAAGAUCAUGGAACAAGCCGCCAAUCCGCAGUACGUGUGGGACCGAAUGCUGGGAGGUUUCAAGCAUAAAAACAACCGGACCAGAGAAGGAGUGUGCCUUUGUCUCAUCGCCACGCUGAACACAUAUGGAGCCCAAGGCCUGACUCUCAGUAAAAUUGUUCCUCAUAUAUGUAACCUCCUGGGGGACCCCACUAGUCAGGUCCGUGAUGGAGCCAUGAGCUCCCUGGUGGAGAUCUACAGACAUGUGGGUGAGAGGGUGAGGCUGGAUCUCAGCAAGAAGGGCCUGCCACAGUCACGCUUGAAUGUAAUCUUCAGCAAAUUCGAUGAAGUCCAAAGAUCCGGAAACAUGAUCUCAUCUUCUGGUUCAGAUAAGAACUUUGAGGAUGAGGACUCUGUGGACGGAGGCCGGUCCUCCUCCUCCUCCUCCAAAGCACCACCUAGUGGCAGGAGGACUGUAGUGAGCUCUGUCAGAAGACCCAGCUCAGCCACCACGCCAAAGCCCACAGGUAAAGAAGCUGCUGCUGGUGCUGUUGAUGAAGAGGAUUUUAUUAAAGCCUUUGAAGACGUGCCCUCGGUCCAGAUCUACUCCAACAGAGAGCUCGAGGACCAGCUGAGCAAGAUCAGAGAAGUGCUGUCUGAUGACAAACAUGACUGGGAGCACCGAGUGGUUGCGCUGAAGAAGGUCCGUUCCCUCAUGUUGGCGGGGGCCACUGAUUAUGAAGGUUUCCCUCAGCAGCUUCGACUUCUUGAGGCUUCCUUCAAGCUGUCAGCUAAAGACCUGCGCUCCCAGGUGGUCCGAGAGGCCUGCAUCACGCUGGGACAUUUGUCAUCGAUUCUCGGUAACAAGUUUGACCACGCGGCCGAGAGCGUCAUGCCAACCUUGCUGAAUCUCGUGCCCAACAGUGCCAAAGUCAUGGCCACGUCCGGGGUGGCCGCCAUCCGUCUCAUCCUCAGGCACACACAUUACCCACGGCUCAUCCCCAUCAUCACCAGUAACUGCACCUCCAAAUCAGUCGCAGUCAGACGACGCUGUUACGAGUUUCUCGACCUCAUGCUGCAGGAGUGGCACACCAAUACACUGGAAAGGCACGUGGCAGUUCUCACUGAGACCAUCAAGAAAGGAAUCCACGAUGCCGACUCUGAAGCCAGAUCCAUCGCUAGAAAGUGCUACUGGGGCUUUCACGGUCACUACAGCCGGGAGGCAGAACAUCUUUUCCAGGCGCUGGAGGCCACCUAUCAGAAGGCCCUCCAGUCCCACCUGAAGAGCUCAGACAGCAUCGUGUCUCUGCCCCAGUCAGACCGGUCCUCGUCGUCUUCGCAGGAGAGUCUGAACCGGCCACUGUCUGUGAAGAGCGUGAUUGGAGGGAGCAUGACGAGGAGUAAGCUUGUGGGAUCCAGGGUGCCGUCCACUCCAGGAUCCCUCCAACGCUCCCGCAGUGACAUCGACGUAAACGCCGCCUCCAGCGCCAAGUCUCGUCUGUCCACUGUUCCCACCUCCUCGCCGUUCAGCUCUGCAGCCGCUCUUCCACCAGGAUCCUACGCCUCUUUAGGUCGCGUUCGCACAAGGAGACAGAGCUCGGGCAGCGUUGGCGGAGCCAGCUCUUCUUCAGUGGUGGACAGCAGGGGGCGAAGUCGGGCCAAAGUGGUCUCACAGUCCCAGCGAUCAAGAUCAGCCAAUCCCAUAAGUGCCGGCAGUCGCUCCAGCUCUCCGGGUAAGCUACUCAGUCACAGCAGCUACGGACGGAUCCCUCGAGCCACGGCAUCAGCCUCCACCACUCCGGCGGACAAGCGCAGCAGGAUCCCUCGCAGCCAGGGCUGCAGCCGGGAAACCAGCCCCAGCCGAUUAGGCCUUGCCCGGAGCCGCAUUCCCCGUCCGAGCAUGAGUCAAGGUUGCAGUCGCGACACCAGUCGUGAGAGCAGCCGUGACACCAGCCCCGCUCGGGGCUUCACUCCUCUGGCCUCCCGACGUCACUCCCGUUCAACCAGCGCCCUCUCCACAGCCGACCCCCACGGCCAGUCAGAUCGGUACGGUUUGGUGCAUCAAGCGAGAAUUUCUGCGUCCGUUAAUGCCAUGAGGGUCCUAAACACCGGCACAGAGGUGGAGGCAGCAGUCGCUGAUGCUCUGAGGAAGACAUUGAGGCGGAGGUACGAAUCCCCGGGGAUGUACUCUGACGACGAUGCCAACAGCGACGCAUCUAGCGCAUGCUCGGAGCGCUCGUACGGGUCACGAAAUGGAGGAAUCCCACAUUACUUGCGCCAGACGGAGGAUGUGGCUGAGGUCCUGAACCACUGUGCCAGUUCCAACUGGUCUGAGAGGAAGGAGGGCCUGCUGGGCCUGCAGAACCUACUCAAGAGCCAAAGAAUACUGAGUCGCGUGGAGCUGAAGAGACUUUGUGAGAUCUUCACACGGAUGUUUGCAGAUCCACACAGCAAGAGAGUGUUCAGCAUGUUCCUUGAAACUCUCGUGGACUUCGUCACAGUACACAGGGAGGACCUACAGGACUGGCUCUUUGUCCUGCUCACCCAGCUGCUGAAGAAGAUGGGUGCAGACCUGCUUGGCUCAGUCCAGGCCAAAGUCCAGAAAGCCCUGGAUGUCACAAGGGAGUCCUUCCCAUUUGACCAGCAGUUCAACAUUCUGAUGAGGUUCAUUGUGGAUCAGACUCAGACUCCAAACCUCAAGGUGAAAGUGGCCAUUUUAAAGUACAUCGAGUCCCUGGCACGGCAGAUGGAUCCCACAGACUUUGUCAACUCCAGCGAGACUCGGCUCGCGGUGUCUCGCAUCAUCACCUGGACCACUGAACCAAAAAGUUCAGAUGUGCGGAAGGCGGCACAGGUGGUGCUGAUUGCUUUGUUUGAGCUCAACACCCCAGAGUUCACCAUGCUGCUGGGAGCACUGCCCAAAACUUUCCAGGACGGCGCCACCAAACUGCUGCACAAUCACCUGAAGAACACGAGCAACACCAGCAGCAAUGUGGGCUCUCCGAGUAACACUAUUGGCCGAAUGCCGGCUCGUCACACACCCAGCAGGACCAGCCCUCUCACCUCACCGACAAACUGCUCCCAUGGAGGACUCUCUCCAAGUCGGUUAUGGGGUUGGGGUGUCGACGGACUAUCAAAGCACCCGCCUGCCCCUCCUCCUCCUCCUCCUCCUACGCCUCACUCCACCUCUGCUGCCCCCACCAUAAGGGUCCUGCGCAGAGCGUAUUCACCCAGCAUGAUGGAGUACGACACGGAGAACAUGAACUCAGACGAGAUCUACAGCUCGCUGCGUGGCGUCACUGAAGCCAUCCAGAGCUUCUCCUACCGGAGCCAGGAGGAUCUGAACGAGCCUAUUAGACGGGAGGCAAAGAGGGAUGAUGCAGCAGGGAGAGAAGGAGUAGCUUCCUCUCCUGGGUCUGAUGCCCGGCUUGGCUUAGACGUGGUGGAAGGCGGUCGCACUGCCUUGGACAACAAAACUUCGCUGCUCAACACGCCAUCGCCGCGCUCCUUCUCUGGGCCGCGGACUCGAGAAUUUGCCCCAUACGGCUACGGAGAAACCAUUUGCACGUACGACAAGAGCGCCCUGAAGGAGGCCGUGUUCGACGAUGAUGUGGAGCAGUUCAGAGACUUCGGGCAGGAUCACUCAGACCUGGUGGCCGAUCUUUUGAAGGAGCUGUCCAAUCACAACGAGCGCUCAGAGGAACGUAAAGGCGCCCUGGUGGAGCUGCUGAAGAUCACACGAGAAGACAGCAUGGCUGUGUGGGACGAACAUUUCAAAACCAUCCUCCUCCUCCUGCUGGAGACCCUGGGUGAUAAAGAUCACACCAUUCGAGCUCUGGCUCUGCGAGUGCUGAAGGAAAUUCUGAGGAAUCAGCCUGCCCGCUUUAAAAACUAUGCCGAGCUGACCAUCAUGAAGACGCUGGAGGCGCACAAAGACUCUCACAAGGAAGUUGUGCGUGCAGCCGAGGAGGCGGCGGCAACACUGGCCGGCUCCAUUCACCCAGAGCAGUGCAUCAAGGUGCUGUGCCCCAUAGUGCAGACGGCCGACUACCCCAUCAACCUGGCAGCCAUCAAGAUGCAAACCAAAGUAAUUGAACGCAUCGCCAAGGAAUCAUUGCUGCAGCUGCUGCCCGACAUCAUCCCCGGACUCCUGCAGGGCUAUGACAACACAGAGAGCAGCGUUCGCAAGGCCAGUGUGUUCUGUCUGGUGGCUAUCUACUCUGUGAUUGGUGAGGAGCUCAAACCCCACCUGGCACAGCUUACGGGAAGCAAGAUGAAGUUACUGAACCUGUACAUCAAGCGUGCUCAGACGACAAACAGCAAUAGCAGCAGUUCCUCAGAUGUCUCCUCUCACAGUUAAUGGAGGUGGUUUCAUCCAUUCCAAGACUCCAGAUCAGGCUUCUCUGUCUCUGAGCAUCACCCUCCUCAUCACGGCUCUGCAGCUCAUCCUCUCAACCCAUUUUGUUCCUUCGUGUCAUCCGCCUCUACUCUGGAAACAUCUGAACUGGAUUGCUGUCCUGGUUUCAAGUUGGUGGGGAAGGAUUGGACACAUUUGGAUUUUUGGAUUUAGGAUAUGGCGCUUUCUCCUCCUCCUGUGGUUCCCACCAUCUCCACAUCAGCUCCAAUCUGUUUCUCCUUCAUCCCUUCUGCUUUUAGAUUUGUUUCUAUAAGCGUAAAAUAUUCACAUCAAAGAAAUGUUUCUGUCAGAUCAUCUUCAGUUUGGGAUGAAAUGUCAUUUGGCUGGCCCAGUGAUGGCAACAAGCCCAUAAAGUGUGCAGUGAAUUCUGUUUUAAGGGCAUGAAGACCAAAUAUUGCAAGGAGGAAAAAAAAAUUAGAUAUGGACAGAAAGACAAAACGAGGAAGUCCUAUGUGAGCAUUUUAGUCCAAGGAUCAUCUUUGAUUGUAAUUUCUUUUCUUUUUUUAAUGUGCUCGUUUCUCUUUAGGAGUGGCUUAAAACCCAAACUGUCACGAUUACAAUACAGAUCUCGUCUCUAAACAGAACUGACAAUCCUUCACAUUUCGUGCAGAUCUUUUAACAGAGAACACAAACCAUAGUUGCCACAUGGGGUGGAAGCUAAGCCUGUUAAAAGCUGUAACGUUUGCGUUGUUUUUACUUCCUGCUUCCAUUUGUGUCUGAGCGCUUACUCUGUCUUACAGGAAGUCCUUUGUAUAUACAGCAGAUGAGGAGUCGGGGGAGACUAGGCCUUAUGUUUGUGGACUGCGGAGAGUGAAUGGGAUGUACGGCACCGUCACUCUCGGCUCUUUAAAAAAAAGAAAAGAAAAACAAACAAAAAAAUGUGAAUCUGCAGGAGAAGCGUGCCUAGUGGGCCGCGUCGCUCUCAGACUUGUGACCGUGCAAACACAGUAUUACUUCUUUCCUCUUUCACAGCUUCUGCAAUAACCACAAAGAAAUCAAAGGUGUUUUGUACAUACACUUUCUGACCGCUGCUUCACAGAAAAGCAGACUUUUUAUGUUUUUUUUGGCUUGCAUGAACCUGCGGCACGCGUCAACUCAGUGCUGCGCGGAGAGACCGGAGCUUCUUCGGCUGUUAAAGUGCACUUUUAACAUCAUGAGAUCACUCAACUCUGAGGAGGCGCUCGUACGGAAAAGGUACACACUCUGUGUUUAAUUUAUUCUGCUGUAAAGUUUUAAGUGGUGGAUUCCUGCUGUGAAGCACUUCAUCGAUUCCCUGAUUGGGAAGAAGUUUCUCAGUCUGAUCAGCUUAUUGGACCUGAUUUGGUUUUGAUGGUCAGUUGAUCUGCUGUAGUUUUUUUCUUUAUAAUACUCUGAAUAAUGAAUAAUAAUGCUGAUUCCUGAUUUGUCAAAAUCCGCUGAGAAUGGUCCAACUCUGCUUCUUUAAGGAAAUGAAUGUACAGAAACAACACGGUGAAUUUGCUGGUACUCAAAAGGAUUUGACUUUUUCUUUCUCAGCGUCCUUCAGCACGCUCAUUUAAUCAGCUGAGUUUUUACUGCAAAAGCAAACCUGCAAACUGGUGAAAACCCACCAAUCUUCUCGCAUCUGUCCUCUCGUCGCUGGAUCUAAAACAGACGCGUCGGCGUUCCUCACAGACUGUUCACUAUGCAUGUUCAGCAGUCUUUCUUUGGCUUCACGCGCUCAUGUAAUAUUCACACCUGUAUUUAUAUAUUUUAUUUGAUCUUAUUGUAUUUAGUUCUGUCAUGAUGAACUGUACAGAAGGUUUUUUGUUUUGUUUUUUAUGUUAACAUCAAUGUGUGAUCAGUUUGCAGCGAUGUAAAAAACUGUUUGCUGUAGAAAUAAAAAGACAGAGAACUGAUCUCAGCGCUU